AAAACUCUUCUGAAAAAUUUACACGCAACAACGGGUCGCGGAUAUCGGAGCAAACGCUGUGUGAGAUUAACUUUGUUAAAAAGAAUCUACACUUUUUAAAGACAAGUUCAAAAUGGAGGCUUCCCUAUUCUUGAUCAUUACAAUAUCCCUGUUUGUAGGGUUUUUGUUCUUAAUCUACGUUCUUUCACCACUUAUUACACCGAAAAGAAUGAAGCUGAACAAGGCACACGUCGUGAUCACUGGUGGUUCUAGUGGCAUCGGUAAAGCUGUUGCUAUGGAAGUCCUCAGACAAGGUGCUAGUGUUACACUCUUAGCAAGAAAUCAGGAGAGACUAAAACAAGCCAAACUUGACCUUGAGAAGUAUAUCAUUGACAAGGGACAUCAGAAAAUUCUCUGCAUAUCUGUGGAUUUAGCAAAGGAUUAUGGAUCCGUAGAACAGGCCAUUGCGGAGUCAGUAGAGGUAAUGGGUCCAUGUGAUAUGUUGAUCAACAGUGCUGGGAAAUCUAGUGCACUUGCUUUUGAAGAGCUGGAGAUAUCUGAGUUCAAGAAAGACAUGGAGGUGAACUACCUGGGCUCGGUCUAUGCUACACGUGCCGUAUUACCGUAUAUGAAGAAGCAAUCACAUGGGCGUAUCGUUUUCAUCUCAUCACAAGCUGGUCAACUAGGACUCUAUGGUUACUCCUCGUAUAGUGGAUCAAAGUUUGCUCUUAGGGGAUUUGCAGAAGCUCUUCAAAUGGAGGUAAAGCCGUACGACAUAUAUGUGACCCUCAACUUUCCACCUGACACCGAUACACCCAUGCUUCAAGCUGAGUUAGAAACACAGCCGGAAGAAACAAGAUUGAUAUCUGAAACAUCAGGACUCUAUGCCGCACAGGAUGUGGCCAGAAUUAUUGUCCAAGAUUCUCUGAAUGCAGUGUUUCUUAGCUAUGUUGGAAUGGAUGGUUACAUGUUAUCAAUCUUGACAUGUGGUAUGUCGCCAGUCACAUCUAUGAUGGUUGGAGUUCAACAGGUUGCAUUUAUGGGAUUAUUCAGGGUCAUUUCACAUCUUUAUCUUGGAAGCUUUGAUAGAAUCAUAAAGAGGUGCAAAGAAGAACGAGACAAAACGGAAAGCAAACAAUUCAAGGACAAGUGAAAGCUAGCCCUUGAUUAUUAUCAUUGUCAAAAUGGAACAUUCUUGGAGGAUUUUCAGGGAGCAUGAUUUUGUUGAUUUUCAUUCACUAGUUAUUCACAACAAUGGUAAGUUGUUGAAUUAUUUGCUUCCGAUGGACUGAGAGCAAAUUUCCAUUGAAAUUUUCAACAAGAGCAGGUUUCAUCCAACACUUCCAUGGCGACAGAAUGGGACAGAGGGAAUUUCCCUGCAAGUGGCCAUUAUGACUUCUGAAAUCCAAAACUCGGAAGCUAGUUGGUUGGAAUUCAUAUCUUGACGAAUUUGCAUGUUUUAAAUGAAUGUUUAUUCUAAAGGGGCAUUUAGAAUCUUUAUUUGAUGUGAAAUGUAUUUCCAUUUUUCGUAUUAAAAUUUGUUAAUGCCUGCUUUUGGAAUCUAUGCAUAUUUCUGUAAGUGAUAUAUCAGUGUGGCCAAUGACCCUUCCCCAUUCUAUCACAUUUUGUGGUAGAUAGAACUAUUAGGAGCUAGUGAUCAUCAGUAACAUGACAUUAACAUGUAAUCACCACUUAGAUUUGAAUUGAAAGAUAGCUACGUAUGAUACAUCCGAGUGCGCAAUGUGCAUGGUCUGUUGUGACACCUUAUCCCAAUCUGCGUGAUAGCUCAUAAUGGAUCAUGUUACAAGGCUUAACCCUAUAUAGCCUGGGCUAUUUUGAAAUUGCAUAGCCCGGGGGGGGGGGGGGCUAUUAGCCCCCCCCCCUCAGAUCUCGGCCGUUUAUAGACCGAUUGCGACCAAGUUUGGUGUGUGGGUGUCUCAUUAAGUAUUUUACAAGAAUGCGUUGUCAAAUUUGUGAUAUUUAUUAUCAUUUUUUUAU